UAACGCGUGCACCGGGUGACGAGAUCAAUAUUUCGGAAAGAAAGAGAAUGUAAUGAUUAUGUAUUGAUUAGAUUACGUUUCUUUUCAGUCUCGGUAUAUUGUGACAGUGAUCUCUCAUAACCUAACAAUCGUCACGAGUAUCUCUGCGGGUGUGAUCUACUAUACAAAAAUAGAGUAUAACAAAACACGCGCCAUAAGACGCACUUAACACAUUUUACGUGUGCACUCCAUGUGUGACGAAAGUAGCGUGCAAUGUUCUCAGAUGCUUCUGCAAUUAAUGUUUAUCGCGUCGAUGUCUAAAACUCGUAGGCGUAUAUAAAAUAUCUAUGAACGAAACUACACACAUACGUAAUUGCAGAUCCGUUUGACACCCACCGUAUUACACAGGGUAUGGCAAGCUCAUGCUUCAGGUUAUGUUCCUGCGCACACGCCCUUCAUAUGAAUUCAAAAACGAAGUAUUUUCAGCCUUUAUCUCGUGUUAUUUAUCAGAACAGCAAUGUGGAUGAGUAUGGUUUUGAACGGCCACAGGAUUUCGACUAUGAAACAUAUGAAGAUUUUAUGUCAGAGUACCUUAAAGUGCUCGCAAAAAUGGCCAAGAAAUGGGCAAAAAUCAUUGGUGAAGGAAAGUCUCUUCAACGAAGUAUAACAAUAAAGAAAUAUGUCCGUAAAGGCAUUCCAGCAGGAUAUAGAGGAAUGGUAUGGCUUGCUGUGAGUGGCGGAGAAGACAUGAGAAAUAUUUCACCAGAUCUUUACGAAAGAUUACUGCAGUCCCCACAUAAUGCAGAGGUUGCUGACAUUAUAAAAACUGACUUACCUAGAACAUUUCCAGACAAUAUAUUCUUUAAUAAUACAGAAAAUCAACAACAUGAAUUAUAUAAUGUUUUGUUGGCCUUUGCUCAUCAGAAUAAAACUGUUGGAUAUUGUCAGGGUUUAAACUACAUAGCAGGCUUACUUUUGCUUGUAACAAAAAGCGAGGAAACAGCAUUUUGGUUGUUAAAGGUAUUAAUUGAUAAAAUCUUACCAGAAUAUUAUACACGUACUAUGGAUGGCUUACUUACUGAUAUUGAUGUGCUUGCUGAAUUAGUAAGGAUAAAAAUUCCUGAUGUAUAUCAACAUGUGACAAAUGUAGGAUUGCCUUGGCCAGUAAUUACGACAAAAUGGUUUGUGUGUUUAUUCGCGGAAGUUUUACCUAUAGAGACUACGCUACGUAUUUGGGAUUGCCUUUUCUAUGAGGGCACCAAAAUUAUUUUUCGCGUGGCGUUGACACUUAUAAAAAGGAAUAAAUCAAAUCUGUUAGCUUGUCAUGAUUUUGCUACGUUAGCCGAAUGUUUUAGAGAAAUUACGAAAGACAGUAUUGUUUUACAAUGUCAUGAUUUUAUGCAGAGUAUUUUUAAAGUACCUGGAUCACUGCCUGGUAGCACAAUAACCAAAUUAAGAAUAAAGGUAAUGCAACAACGUAUAGAACAAAAGCAGGAUAAACUAGGACGAUAGUAUUCAUGAACGAUUUCUCGCAUACACCGAAAUAUUCUAGUCUUUGUGUUAUUCAUUUGCGCUUCUGCAAAAUGAAUACAUAUAAAAAUGUAUUAUAUUUUUACUGGAUAAUUGUAUUAUGCAGUAUCAAAUAUUGCCGUUGCUGUAUAUAUGAGGUCUGUUUAGUAAUGUAAGAAGUGGCACACUUAUUCAGUUAUUUUAAUUUAAUCUUGGUUACU